AUGGCCCCGAUUGCCGUCACGCCGAAUAGCUCCACCGCCAGCGCCUCUGGCGAGAGCCUGAACGGCUACUUCCACGUCACAAACGGCGCUCAGCAGACGAAUGGGCAUCCCAACGGACAUAGCAACGGCUACUCAAACGGGACUACCAAUGGCUUCACCAAUGGCACCAACGGCUAUGCCAACGGCACCUCAACGCCGAGUUCUCACAAGCCCAUGCCCAUCGCCAUUGUUGGCAUGGCUUGCCGCAUGCCCGGAAAUGUCUCCACGCCUGCCGAGUUCUGGGAACUACUUGCCAGAGCCCGCUCAGGAUGGACUGAGAUCCCUAAAGAGAGAUUUGACAACGCUCGGUUUUACCAUCCCAACCCCGGCAAGGGAGGUGCCUUGAACCCCAUCGGCGGUAACUUCCUCAACGUCGAUCUUGCCGCCUUUGACGCCCCGUUCUUUGGGCUCACGGAGAAAGAGGCCAUCUCCAUGGACCCCCAGCAACGCCUUCUUCUUGAAUGCACCUUUGAAGCCCUCGAGAGCGCCGGAAUACCGAAGCACACUAUUGUUGGAAAGGAUGUUGGUGUCUUCAUCGGUGGAUCAUUUCCCGAGUACGAAUCGCACCUGUUUAGAGACUCAGACACGAUACCCAUGCACCAGGCAACCGGCUGUGCAUACGCGAUGCAGUCUAACCGCAUAUCUCAUUUCUUUGACUUGAGGGGUCCAAGCUUUACGUCAGACACGGCAUGCUCAUCUAGCAUGGUUGCGGUGCACCUAGCUUGUCAAAGUCUAAGAGCCGGUGAGACCAGCUGUGCCCUGGUUGGCGGCUGCCACCUCAACAUGCUGCCAGAGUUUUGGAUUUCUUUUUCUACUUGCAGACUGCUUUCGGACUCCGGUCGUUCUUUUGCAUUCGACGACAGAGGAACUGGCUUUGGCCGCGGUGAAGGUUGCGGCAUGAUCGUGCUGAAGCCCCUUGACCAAGCAAUCAGGGACAACGACCCCGUCCGCGCUGUUAUCGUAGGAACCGGGCUCAAUCAAGAUGGCAAGACGCCCGGAAUCACUAUGCCAAAUGGAGCGGCACAAGAGGACCUCAUGAGGCAAGUCUACAGGAAUGCUGGGCUCGAUCCCAAUGACUGCGGUUUUGUGGAGGCCCAUGGAACUGGUACACGAGUUGGUGAUCCCAUCGAGGCUACCGCUCUGCACAACGUGCUAGGGCAAAACAGGACGUUACGAGACCCCUUGUGGAUAGGUUCUGUCAAAUCUAAUAUUGGUCACCUCGAAGGGGCAUCAGGCAUCGCUGGCAUAAUAAAGGCCGCGCUUAUGCUCGAGCGGGGUUUUAUCCUUCCAAACUAUGACUUCAAGCGGCCGAAUCCAAAGAUUCCCUGGAAGGAGUGGAACCUCAAGGUCCCCGUCGCCCAACGACCGUGGCCUAGAGGGAAGAAGUAUAUCAGUGUCAACAACUUUGGUUUCGGAGGUACGAAUGGGCAUGUGGUCUUGGAGGCUGCGCCACAUCGCGGGCAGAAGGCACCCCUUACUCCCGGCGAUGACACUCCGGAAAGUGCAGGGCAGGGGCGGAAGCUCUACGUCAUAUCAGCCAACGACAAGGCGGCGCUCUCUCAAGCGAUGAAGAACAUAGUCAUCUACCUUGAGCAACGCCCAGAGAUUUUUCAGAAGGACCUUACGGCAAACCUUGCAUACACCUUGGGCCAGCGCCGUUCCCUUCUGCAAUGGAGAGUUGCCAUUCCCGCUCUCAACUCCUUUGAGCUCAUCGAGGCCAUCAAUGGUGAAAAGUUCACUCCUGGCAAAGAGACGGAGCCUCUUCGGGUCGGGUUUAUUCUCACUGGACAAGGCGCGCAAUGGUUUGCCAUGGGACGUGAACUCUUCGAGCAAUAUCCGACCUUCACCAGGAGUAUCGAGCGGGCCGAUCAGUGCUUGAUCCAGAACGGAGCCGAGUGGUCGCUCAUUGAGGAACUUAGCAGGGACGCGAAAACAAGCAAGAUCAGCGAGGCACAUAUCAGCCAGCCAUCAUGCACUGCAGUCCAGCUGGCGCUCAUAGACUUGCUGCGAUCAUGGGGUGUUCGUCCAACAGCUGUUGCCGGCCAUUCAAGCGGAGAGAUUGCCGCCGCCUACGCCGCGGAAAUCAUUGACUUCGACUCGGCCAUGGCUAUCGCAUAUCACCGUGGGAGGCUCAUCCCCAUUCUCAAGCGGGAGCACCCCGAAUUGCGGGGUCGCAUGAUGGCCGUUGGUGGAAGUAAAGAGGAAUUCUUGCCUCUUCUGGAAGGCCUCCAGGAGAGAGAAGCCCGCAUUGCGUGCUACAACAGUCCGUCGAGCCUGACAAUCUCCGGAGACGAGCCUGCCAUCGCCGAACUCGAAAAGAUCUGCGAAGAGAAACAACUCUUCAAUAGGCGUCUCGUUGUCGACGUCGCAUACCAUUCCCAUCACAUGAACUUGGUUGCUAAAGAGUAUCGCGCUGCCAUUGCCGAGCUACCGCCGCCUGUUCCUACGGACAUCAGAUUCCAUUCAUCCCUGUAUGGGCGUCUCGUCGACGGCACAGAGUUGCAACCCGGCUAUUGGGUAGACAACUUGACUUGUCCAGUGCGCUUCUCAGAGGCACUGCAGAGCAUGCUCGAACCGACAGGAGAACACAAGCACGGUGUCAAUAUGUUGGUGGAGCUAGGACCGCACUCGGGACUUCAGGGCCCUAUCAAGCAGGUCCUGAAAGAGGUCGGCGGCAGUGCUCCAAAGAUACCUUAUGCUUCCGCUCUCAUUCGGAAACGAGAUGCAGUGGAGACAGCCAUGGAACUCGCGGCGAGUCUGUUCACCAGAGGUGCGAACCUCGAUUUUGGCGCCAUCAACUUCCCCAAACCGACCAAACCCCCGGUCUUGCUUACUGAUCUGCCGCGAUACCCCUGGAACUAUUCAUCCAAAUACUGGCAGGAAUCUCGUUUCACGAAUAUGCACAAGCAUGCCCAGGGAACGAGAAGCGACAUACUAGGAACGCUGGCCAACUACUCGAGCGACCUGGAGCCCAUUUGGCGCAAUAUUGUCCGCUUGGAUGAUCUCCCGUGGCUGCAGCACCACAAGAUCCAGUCCCUGACCAUAUUCCCCAUGUCUGGAUUUGUAUCUAUGGCGGUCGAGGCGGCUGCUCAAAGGGCUGCAGCCAGGGACAUCCCGAUCGGCAAGUUCGAGUUGAAGGAGGUCAAUGUCAUCAAGCCCCUCGUCAUCCCGGACAAGGAUACGGAGAUGACCAUCACUCUUCGCCGCCAUCAAGAAGGUACACUUGUUCCGUCUGAUCUCUGGGACGAGUUCAGGAUCUGCUCGUGGUCGCUUGAACAAGGCUGGACAGAGCACUGCGUCGGUCUCAUUGCUGUGCUGGAAGCGGAUAAUAACGAGGUUGACAGCUCCAGGCGAGAUGGUGACUCCAAAGCUCGUCUCCAGUCCGCGCUCCUCGGAGACGGCAAACCUGUAGCAGUUUCAGUUACUCCGCGCGAGAUGUAUGAAACUCUCACAGAGUUGGGGGUGUCAUAUGGGCCUGUCUUCCAAGGAGUGGCCAGUUGUCUCGCGUCGGAUUUGCAUGCAGUUGGGGAUAUUGUGGUGACGGAUGUUGCGAAAGAGAUGCCCAAUGGCUACCUGACGGAUGCGGUCGUACAGCCAGCCCUCCUCGAAUCCAUCAUCGAGAUGUACUGGCCCAUUGUUGGCGCUGGCCGGCGGGCAAUUGGGACCGUCUAUCUCCCGAGCUCGGUCGAUCAUAUCUCCAUCUCGCCGAACAUCACAAAGUUCUCGAAGGAGCCUGGCAGCACGGUCCGUGCUGUUUGCGAGGGCGAAAUUGAGCUCGCCACCCCGAAGCCGACGAAGGUGCGGAUGGAAGCGGUUUCCAGCGACGAAUUCCUGGAGAGUCUGGUUACUAUAGAUGGUCUCACCAUCUCUCCCAUUCUGGAUGGUGAUACUAAGACGGAUCUCAAUGCCCCAAGGGAUCUCUGUUACAAGCUCGAAUGGGAACGGAUCCAGGACGUCGCUGGCGACGCACAAUACCUCCCGGAUCAUACUGAUGUUGUUAUAAUUCAUGAGAACUCUGACUUCCAGGACCUUGUGGCCAUGGGUUUGGCAAAUGCCAUUGAGCAGGCCACGGGGAAGCUGCCGGAGGUUGGCACUUUGCAAACGGUGGAGCCUGCUGGAAAGAUUUGCGUCUUCCUGAAUGAGCUACACCAGCCGUUCCUCGCCACACUUACACCAGCUCAGUUCGAGAGUAUCCAAAAGCUCUUGACGAGUGUCCAGGGCGUGCUAUGGGUUGUCCGCGGGGCCUACAGCGAGUCUACCAAUCCCGAGGCCAACAUGGUGACAGGCCUGAGUAGGACCAUACGAUCGGAAACCGCCCUCAAAUUUGCAACACUCGAUCUGGACGCAGCGUCACCGCUUCCCGAAACGGAUACGAUUAGAGUUAUCAUGAGAGUGUUCAAGUCCGUGUUCAGUGCAGAAUCAUCUGCGACUGGUGAACUGGAGUUCAUGGAGAGAGCCGGAGAAUACUUCACACCACGGAUUGUCCAUGAUACUGAAAUGAACGGAUAUGUUCAUAAACAGACAAAUCCGUCGACACUCGAGCCUACCCCGUUUGGGGAGGACAAUCGAGCCCUCAAGAUGGUGCUUUCGGCCCCAGGCGCCUUGGAAACAAUCCAUUUCGUUGAUGACCCAGCUGUUGAGAAGCCUUUGGAGGACGAUGAGGUUGAGAUUGAGGUCAAGGCAAUCGGACUGAACAUCAGAGACAGCAUGGCUGCCAAAGCCCAAAUCCCCGUCAGCAACUUCGGAAUCGAGGCAAGUGGAGUGGUUACGGCCGUUGGACCCAAUGUUUCAGGCUUCCGAAUCGGCGAUCGAGUGGCAGGGUUGACGCAGGGCGCGCUUGCCACCCGAGCGCGGGCAAAAGCCGCUUUUUCCUUUAAGCUGCCUGCAGGCAUCACCUUCGAGGCGGCCGCGACUCUUCCGCUCGCUUAUGCUACGGCGUACUACGCCUUGGCCGAGCUUGGCCGGCUGAGCGAAGAAGAGACUGUCCUGAUUCACUCAGCGGCUGGCGCCGUCGGCCAAGCAGCCAUCUGCGUCGCGCAGAUGAUCGGGGCCGAGGUCUUUGUUACUGUCAGCAGCGCCGAGAAGAAAGAACUGCUGUCGAAUGAGUAUGGGCUGCCCGAUGACCACAUCUUAUACAGUCGAAACACAUCCUUUGGCGAUGCAAUUCGCCGAGCGACAAGUGGACGAGGGGUGGAUGUCAUCCUCAACUCACUGACGGGUGACGGAGCUCGCGAGUCUUGGAAAUGCCUGAGCAAAUUCGGUCGGUUCAUAGAGCUUGGCAGAAGGGAUGCAAGCUCGAAGACGCGAUUGGAAGUUACGAAUAUCGACAACAACGCCAGUUUCAUGUCACUCGAUCUGUUCACUCUUCUCGAUGAAAGGCCGAAGAUCAUCAAGCGCCUUCUCGCAGACGUGUCGCAGCUCUUGAAGUACGGAAAGAUCCGGCCUGUAACGCCGGUUACGACAUUCCCGAUUUCAGAUGUUGAGUCCGCGUUGAAGGCCCAGCAAAGUGGCAGGACGCUGGGCAAGCUUGUGGUUGUCGCGAAACCCACUGACAUUGUGAAGGCGGCACGAUCGAAGAAGGUGAAGCCUCUGCUUCGCCCAGAUGCGACAUAUAUCUUGGUCGGCGGUACCGGAGGCCUGGGCCGCAGUAUGGCUCGGUGGAUGGUGGCCAAGGGCGCCAAGAACAUUGUCCUCGUUUCCAGGAGCGGUUCCGUGACGGGACGGGUAAAAGAACUCGUUGACGACCUUGGCGCACUUGGAGCCAACAUCGUGGUUCGCCGGUGCAAUGUGGUGAACAAGGCCGAAGUUGACGAACUCAUCAGUGGGCUCAGUGAGCUGCCUCCUAUACGGGGCGUGGUGCACGGCACCAUGGUGCUGAGGGAUGUCUUGUUCGAGAAGAUGACGUGGGAGGAUUAUACCCAGGUCAUCGAAGGCAAAGUUCAAGGCGGGUGGAACUUUCACCAUGCGCUCGCGAACUCGCCGCUCGAUUUCUUCGUCGCGAUCUCAUCCGCUGCGGGCGCGGUCGGAAACCGUGGCCAGGCCGCUUACAGUGCAGCAAACUGCUUCCUCAACGCACUAGUGCAACACCGCCUUGCCCAGGGCCUGCCCGCUUCGUCCCUCGAUCUAACCGCCGUCUCCGACUCUGGUUAUCUAGCCGAGGACCUCGAAAAGGCCGCCGAAGUAGCAAGGAACCUCGGAAGUGACAGUAUCUGCGAGAGCGAGGUUCUCGCACUGCUGAACGCCGCCAUUGACGGCACCAUGGCCUCGACAUGCAACAACCACACCAUCACAGGCAUGCGCAUCACGGCAAGCAUGCGGCCGUUUUGGACCGACGAUGCCAAGUUCAAGGCGAUGCGCAUCGCGGCUGAGGAGGCGGCGGCCAAGGAUGCGUCGCUCAACAACGCCGCCGUGUCGUUCAACGCUGCGCUCAAGGCGGCCAAAUCGCGCGCCGAGGCCGAGGAUGUGGUUUGCCGCGGGCUCGUGGACAAGAUCGCGUCGGUGCUGAUGCUCGACGCCGAGGACAUGGACGUCACGAGGUCGCUGUCGCAUUACCCGCUCGACUCGCUCGUGGCGAUUGAGAUUCGCAACUUUAUCACGCGCGAGUUUGAGGCAAAUCUGCAGGUGCUGGAGCUCCUCUCGAGCGGGUCGAUCCAGACUCUUGCCAAAGGGGUGUGCGCCAAGAGUAAGAUUGUUGCGGGCAUGGCUUGA